GUUUAAGCUUUAGCAUCAUGUACAAUUUGUUUAACCUAUCUGCCUAUGCCCUAAAGGGUAGCCAAGACUCAAGUUGUGCAUCGUUGGGUCCAGUAUAAUAUUCUCCUUAGUUUCCGCUUUACUAAUAUCAACCAAUCACAAGUUUCAAUACCCCGGAAAUGGAACCCGGCGUUCUUGUUAACAUCCACAUCUUCGAUUGCAUAAUUUGAUAGGGGUUCCCAAUAUGGUGGCCAAGAUUCACCUCCCGCAGGUUCGACGUGACUUUUUAUCACACUAACAAGACGGUGACUGGAUCUUUUCUAAGUCUUUCCUUUGGUGACCGCUACAUAAACACUUAAAAUGUCUCUUCUGCUAGUAUUUAGCAAUGGCAUUCGGUGGAAUCAGUUCAAGAGAUUCCCUGAUUCCCUCCCUAACUUGUUGCUUUUAACCCGCUCAAUAUCGGUCAACCUAAUCCAGUGCAACCGUUGUCCUCGAUAGAGUAUGAUACGCUAUGGCCGAAUCAACAGAGUUUAAUAAUGGGAUAUUCGAUUCGACCCCCGAGACCCCUGAAGAUGGGAACUGCGAAGCCUUGAGCAAAGUCGAUAUCGAGCGUCUCGGUCGUCAGCGACCAGAAACUCUUGCCAAUUGGGCCGCCGAGGCCGGCUUCGUUUUCGCCGUGGUCGCAUCGCUAUGUAUGAGCGAGUACUUUAUCAGCGGCUUCAAUAUCGUCUUGCCCGCAUUAGCCAACGCCUUAGAUAUCCCGGAGUCACAACGAACAUGGCCGGCUGGAGUGAUAAACUUAACCACUGCCGCCCUACUUCUGCCGUUUGCUCGACUUUGUGCUAUGUACGGUGGCAGGAGUGUGUUUUUAGGCGGCCACAUCUGGCUCCUGAUCUGGUCUAUCGUCUGUGGCUUUAGCAAAAACGCUACUAUGCUAAUAGUAAGCCGUGCGAUGCAGGGCAUAGGCGCUUCUGCGUUUCUUCCAGCGGGUCUUGCUCUCCUUGGCCAGACGUAUCGACCCGGUCCACGCAAAAAUCUUGUCUUCAGCUUGUAUGGUGCAUCCGCCUGUGUAGGGUUCUAUUUCGGUAUCAUUAUAGGUGCCCUUACCGGACAGCUAGCUGACUGGACCGUCUACUUUUGGGUCGGCUCUGUGUUCGUAUUCGCUGUCAUCGUUACCGGCUUCUUCACCAUUCCCCGAAACCUUGGCCAUAAUGACCCGGACGUGCGUAUGGAUUGGUGGGGAGUGUGUACAAUUGUACCAGGAUUAGCACUUGUCGUCUACGCGCUUACGGAUGGCGGAAAUGCGCCGGAUAGCUGGCGUACGCCUUAUAUCUACGUAACCUUCAUAGUGGGCGCCCUCUUGCUCUGCGCUGCGGUGUACGUUCAAGGCUGGGUUUCGGCGCAGCCGUUACUUCCAGCUGACAUAUUCCGACCAAAAUAUAUGAAGCGUAUCUCUGCCUUCAUAUUCUGCGGGUUCGGAGUGUUUUCGAUUUUCUUGUUCUAUGCUAGCUUUUAUAUCGAGGAAGUUCUUGACGCAACCCCCAUACAGACUGCCGUGUGGUUUAUACCACUGGCUCUAGGUGGCUUCAUACUCGCAAUUACGGGAGGGUUUGUUUUACACAUACUUUCGGGACAUAUCUUGCUGAUCGUUUCUGGUAUGGGCUAUGUGCUCUGUGUAUUGCUAUUCCCUCUCAUACCUGCGCAAGACGGAUCAAGUGGGAUGUCAACCAGUCAUCUUUAUUGGUCUUACAUAUUUCCUUCGAUGAUAUGUGGUACCAUUGGUAUCGACAUUACAUACAAUGUGACCAACGUCUUCGUCACAACAUCUAUGGCCCAACGUCAUCAAGCUACUGCUGCUGGGCUCAUCACGAGUCUCGGAUAUCUCGGUAUGGCGUUUUGGCUAGGUGUCUCGGAGCUAGCCAUCUCGACUUGGGCUCGGUCUCAUGCAGUAGAGAACCCUGAUCUUCGUGAAAAAUAUCAAGUUGGGUUCUGGACGGGCGUCGGGGUGGCAGGUUUCACUUUAUGCUGCGCCGCGACUUCGAGGAUCGGCCGAGCGUCGGCCGAAUUAACAGCAGACGAGAAGUAUGAAUUAGAGCAUAAUAUCGCCUAGAAAUAGGCUAAAUAAUGAUGAUAUGACUAUACAUAGACGCCGAAAUAGAAGGAUAUAAAAGGUAGGUACCUAACGUUAGAUGGGAUAGACUGUCGUUUGCGCAUGGAUGUUUUUAAAUAUUCCGAAUAUUUCGGUAUGCCGCUUAAUUUAAUAAUAUAUUAUUAUACGGUUAGAUUCGACUAAAUAUCAUUUAACCAUAAUCUUUA